AAGUUCGUCUAGAACAUAUCUAGAACUAAGCAAUAAAUUUACUUAAUUCAAGAACGAGUUUGCCGCUUUUCUCUCAGUGUCAUUUUUCAGUGCCUCCAAUUGGGCGCUAAAAUGCAAGUUCAUUGCAUAAUAUUUACAGACUGCCACCUAUACGAAAUUUUAAAAUUUAUAUAUACAUAUUUGUUGCUUGAAGCACCUGGUGGGAAUUUUGAACACAGACGGAUACACUCCCAGGUUUCGGUCAGCUGUAACGACAUGGAAACUGCCAGCUAAGGGCAGUUUAUCAGAAUUAUCAUAAGGUCUUGAAACGCCCCCCGCCCCCUUUUGGAUAUGUGUCAUAAUAUUGCAGAUAACAUGACGCAAUUGAGUUGAUGAAGCGGCGCCAAGCCACGACAACGAGUACCAACAGUUCGACUCGAUAUACUUUAUAGGGCUAAGCACAGUUACUCAUGUGAACGCAACCGAACAGCAAGUUGUACUACCAUAUGACUAAAAUAGAUCGACAGAGCAGAGCCAGAACCCCGAAACAGAGAAACACAAACGCAUCGUAUAGCUGACAAUACAGAUCAUUAACAUCGGUAAUUAGUCGCAAAAUGACCAAGUUAACUGGCUGAGUCGGUGGUAGCCAGUUCAAAGCCCAGCAGUCGGUGACCUAGUUGGAAGGCAACGAGGAAGGCAUAAAUACAGACAGACAGACUAAGUCGGGUGGUGUUGGAGUCGGUGCUGGGAACAGGGCUGAUUUAUCAGAAUGCGACGACCAAAAAUAUCGCUCAAAAAGUAUUUCUAUUUUACGUUGAUCUGUGCGCUGCUCCUGAUAUUCGGCUUCAAUCUCAAGGAAUAUGAAAUAUGGAAGUCGAACAUAACGCGACCCGCCCUGACAGCUUCACAACAGCAGCAGCAGCAACAACAACAACAGCAGCAGCAGCAGCAGCAGCAGCAGCAACAGCGACAUGUCUUUGGCGUGGAAACAAAUGAAGUGAAGAGCUGGUCUCUGGAGGAAGCCACCUCGACAUACGCUUCAGCGCCGCCAGCUACGCCUGUGCCUGGGCCUGAACAGGCCCAAAAUCUGCUGCAGCAGCAGCUGGAGGCUGAGGCGGGCGAGGGGGAGGAGGAGGAUCCCUCAGCGGAUAAACGUGGAGAGUUGGCGGCCACGGCCAAGCCCUGGUUCUUUCGCAAUGGCGAGUACUAUCCCAGGCCCGCAAAAGCCUUCAGCAAUCGCAAGGCACGCAAACAGCAUGCGCCCAAACUCUUUCCUCACCAGGAUCCGCACAGCGAUCGCGUCGUCAAUCAGCUAAUGUAUGUGCCACACAAUUACGAGCAGAUCAAGUUAAGUGGCAAGCUGAAAACCAUUUUGUUGUACAAUGGCUUGGGUCCGUGGAAUGUGAAGAAGGGGCGCGAGGUCUUUCUGCGCUCUAAGUGUCCUGUGGACACUUGCGAACUGUCAGCGAAUCGGGAUCUGGCCAGUGUGGCAGAUAUGAUACUCUAUAAGGAUAACUAUAUACCAACGGGCAUACGACGGCCCAGCAAUCGUAAGCAGGUCAGCAUGAUGUACUAUCUGGAAUGUCCAUAUCACACACAAAACGUCAAGGUGCCGGAUGCCAUCAACUGGACGGCCACAUAUAGACGUGACAGCACUGUGAUGGCCCCCUACGAAAAAUGGCAAUACUAUGAUGUCAAGGUACAGCAAUUGGAACAGGAUCACAAUUAUGCGCUCAACAAGACGAAAAAGGUUGCCUGGUUUGUGUCCAAUUGCGGUGCACGCAAUGGCAGACUGCAGUACGCACAUGAGCUACAAAAACACAUUGAGGUGGAUAUAUAUGGCGGCUGUGGGAAUUUCAAAUGUCCUCGAAGCACCGCUGACAAAUGCUUUGACAUACUCGACAAUGACUACAAGUUCUAUUUGGCUUUCGAGAACUCCAAUUGCAAGGAUUACAUCACGGAAAAGUUCUUUGUGAAUGCGCUAAAUCGUAAGGUGCUGCCAAUUGUAAUGGGCGCCCGACCCGAGGACUACGAGGUGAGUGCUCCACGUCGAUCCUACAUACACGUCGACGAGUUUGCCUCGCCCAAAGAGCUGGCCGAGUAUCUGCAUAUACUCGACAAGGACGACGAGCUGUACAACUCGUACUUCAAGUGGAAGGGCACCGGUGAGUUCAUCAACACGUACUUCUGGUGCCGCGUCUGCUCCACGCUGCACAAUGAGGAUCAGCUGCGCAAGUCGUCCUGGUACACCGAUGUCAAUGAUUGGUGGCGUGGCGCCGGCGUCUGCACCUCGGGCUCAUGGCGGAAUUUCAAGGCGCGCAUGGAUGUGAUUAGCGAUGAGUGAAAUGGGGUCAUCGUCCAGAUAGUGGACGGCGCCGGUGUCAUUACAUAAUCAAAAAAUCCAAUACGUGUCGCUAUAUAUAUUUAAGUAUAUAUUGUUGUUGUUGUUUUUGUAGGUAUGUUUUAACGAAGAACCGGGUCAGAACCGCGAGCAACGUACUUGUUUUCUAGCUAGAACUAAGUGCAACUAAUCGCUUCAAAUACAAAUGCAUGUAUGCAUAUAGAUAUAUGCGUGCAUGUAUUAAGCAUGAGCAAAUCGAAAAUCAAACGAGCAUGGGGCAAAAGCCUCGGUAUAAAUCGAGGAAUAUAAACAUGUUCCUUCCAGGAUUGAUACAACCGCUUACGGACAGUUCAAUACAAUGAGAGAAAAAAGCGCAUAGAAACUAGCCUAUAUAUAGACUAAAGAUCCCGAGCAGAUCAUUGUAACAUAUACAAUACCAAAUAAAUAA